AUGUCCGCCGUUUCCACGUCAGCCAUGAAUCCCCAGGGACAGGGAAGCCGUCAGUCAGCUCGCCAAACGCGAACCAAUCCUUCUCGAACUUCCAAAACCAUCGGACGGUCGUCCUUCGCGUUUGGCCGAGGUUCGACUACUGAAAUUCCUGAAUCAUCCCCUGUCCCCCACGGCUUCUACCCUGCUCUCACGCAUUUUACCGAUGCAAUCACUGCGCUCCCUCGCGAAUUCCGUCGCCAUAACUCACUACUCAAGGAAGUUGAUGCGAAAGCGUGGGCCCUCGAGGAAAAUUUACUCCAAUUGCUUCAACUCUCUUCCGAAUCACAACCUGUUCCUCACCCUCCCCACCCGGCCCCUAUCGCUGGUGGUGUGAUUCGUGAGGAUGUUUUGCCCAAGGAGCUCUCUCAAUCCCCGGAAACCGCCGAAAGCAAAAAUCGCCGGCUUCUCUUUGAUCGCGUACGACAAAGCCUCUCGGACCUGAUGAUGACCGCCGACGAGAAAAACCACGUUAUCUCCAACGCGAAUGAGGAACUGGAUCGCCAAGUCAUUCGCUUGGAUACGGUGUUCCCAUACAUCGCGGGCGAGAUUAGCGAGGAAGCUCGUUUGGGCAGUCUGACGCACUGGGCAUACUCUAACAAGAGUGCCGCGAAGGCGGCAACAAAUGAGCGUCCACGUCGGGAAGCAGUGUCACACAGGCAGGAUUUGUCACAUGUGCUUCAUGAAGCUGAAGCCGCUAGCCGCAGCGAGGCCAGGCGCGAUGCUGUCCUGGCACGGAAGCAACGUCGGGCGCAUGUUGACGCGGACUACGAGGAGACCCGAGGUUCCAGCGCACGCAAAACUAACAAUGGUAAAUCGCGCGGCGGCGAGCAUGCCGAUCCGAACGCUGCACCCAAGCGUCGCAAGGUGGAGCGGCCAGCACUGCCUGGAGAUGCCAGUGUUCCGAUGGAACGAUCUGCCAGCGGAGCUACCAGCCAACGGGCCGCGAACAAAGACCCCACGGAGAAGAAGCGUACUCGCGCUCCGAACCCGACUGCCGCUGCGCGCAAGAAGGCCAAUGCCUCCAAUGCUGGAUCUCCUGUUCUGGCUCCAUCUCCACUUGUCGGUACAUUUAACGCCCCCCGUGGUGCCGCCAGUCCGGGGCCCAACAAUUCAAGGCCACAAUCUUCCCGGGCCCAGCAAAACUCCGGAGCAACAAGCAAUGCCCGCGCUCGGCCAUCCUCAUCGGCUUCGAACCGCCCCAACAGCAGUAUGCCAUUUGACCCACCUUCCCCGGACCAGUUCAUUAACUAUGUACCCCGCACAGACAAAGCUCAGGACCCCAGAUCUACACCACGGGAUGGACCCGUUAAGAGUGAGGUAGGUAAUCAGGACGCACAUCGCGAAUACGAGGAAUUCCAUUCCAGAACCUCUGUUCCAGCAGGUUCCAGGCGCGAGGACCUGGAAAGGAAAGCUGGUUCAGCUGAGGCCGAGCCUCCCAAAGGCCGCAACUCCAAGACGUCGACACCAGUGCUCUCGACAUUGGCAGAGCCCGGCCCACGUGCGCGACCCACGCGCAGUCAGGAUCCAUCCACCAAACGUACUCAAAAGAAACCCAUUCCCCAGCCUACAAUACCCUCCGACGAUGAAUCAAUCCAUGAGGGCGAUGACGAAGAUGAGGAGGGCGAGCCACGUUACUGUUAUUGUAAUGAGAUCAGUUUCGGCGAGAUGGUCGCUUGUGAUAACGAUGCUUGUCCGCGCGAGUGGUUCCAUCUGUCGUGUGUGGGGCUGACGAAACCGCCGGGAAAGAAUGUCAAAUGGUAUUGCAGGGAGUGCAAGGAGAAUAUGCGAGGGAGUCGCAAUGGGCGGUGA